AUGGAAGUAAAUGAAAGUUUCUUUUUAACACUGUGUUUGAACAGUUCAAUGUCUUACUAUCCAGAAAACACAACAACAAGAUUCACUACACAAUUGCCUGAUACCAUUAAUUUGAAAGACAGUUUCGUCGAACUAUCGUCGAGUGAAGGUCCUCCGUCCCCGACUCUAACUCAAAGAAGCAUUGAUGCAUACUUGAAUAUUUCUUUCAAUAGCGACAUAGAAGAAGAUGAAGCUGGAUCACCUACUUGCAAAAGAUCGCGCGGAAAUGUCAAUAUAUUUAAUGACAAAGUUGUUACUGUCCUUGACAAAUGUGAAUAUCUGAAUGCUGAAACCGUUGCCCUGGCAUUUUUUGAUGAAAAUGUGUCAUUUGAUGUCAAGCGCAAGAUGGUUUCGGAAUUGAGUCCAUACGGCGAAAUAGAUGACUUUUUCCCCAAACGGAUUCAAAUCAAUUUGAAAGACAUUGUUGGUUACUGCGAUAAACAAAUAGAGCAUUUCGUAUCUCCGCAAACGCUGAACUUUUUGCGAAGGUUUGGAAUUGAUGAAGAAUUUCUGAAGCUCGAUCCGUCUGUUUGGAGUCAAAAUGAAAGUUACGCACACGAUUUAAAAAUUGUAAAACAUCUCAAGGUCUCGCGUGAUGGAACAACUACAAGCAGCUUUGUUCGAAUUUAUGUGAAUUGGUCAAGUGUAGUGCAAGGUCCAGGACAGGCAAUGAGAGCAAGAAUUGCUGGCCGAGUAACACCAAGUUUAAAUCGACCGUUACAUACCUUGGAGAUGAUUGAACUUCCACUGGCAUCGCAGCCAACAGCUUUGGCCUGUUGUCAAUCUACGGGUAAUCUCAUAGUUGCUAUGGGAUUAUACGCUAUUUUACAUGAAUUUAAGGUUGAAACACAACAGCUAUCUCGAUUAAAGUUUAUUGACUUCGAGGCACGACCAUGGUCAUUAGCCUUCAGUUUUUCUCCAACUGUAAUGGAACUCGCGGAAGAUUUUGUUACAGUUCAAGAUUCUGAACAUUUUAUGGUGUUUCGUCUAAUAAACACCAUGCAUGAAGAUAUUGAUCAAUUGAGUUCCGUUGCUUCGACUAAUUUAUCCUCUGUAGAUAGAACUUUUACUCAUUCACCGCUACUUGAUAACACUGAAAAUGCAGUAAACACUUCAACAGUUGGAAUAGCUCAUAAAAUUACUUGCCUAAUCGACGAGUAUUGGAAAAUCCCCAAAACAACCAAUAUUUCAUUUAUAAAUUGGGAUAAACUAAGUUAUGAAGAGAAGGAAGAGAGCAAUCGAUUAAUGAGCUUAGGCUUACUCCAUUCUGAAUGUCUAAACAGUACUAUUAAUUUUCCUACCAUCGAUUUGGAAAAUGCGGGACCUACAUACGGUUUAAAUCAUUUUAUUCUUAAUCCUUCUGAUCUUGAUGUCGUUAUCAAAACGUCUUCACCUAAUAAUGGAUGGUCAGAAAACUUUGCCGUGAAGAAACUUUUGCAAAUUAAGAUUUCUUAUAAUAAUAAUUCUCGGGUGAAAAAUAAUGGACAGUCGGAGUUCUUUACGUGUUCUGUAAUGAAACCACUUUAUCUAAAAAAGGAGUGUAAUAAUAUUUCUUCCUUGAAGAAAUGUAUUCUGAAGUCUGAUAAUUAUCGUCAUUUUCAUGGAGUAACCUGCGUCAUCUGCACUACACAGGAAGGUUUCCUUUAUCACUUUGGGUCAUCAACAAUGUCCCAGGAGUCAAAUAUGAGGUGCCUAACUACUUAUUCAUUUACCGCACCGGUGAAAAACAUUGUACUUGAUCCGACAGCAUUGCAUGCAUUGACUGAAGCUGGCCUAGAAUCUUAUACAUUGCGUUUAGGAAAUUAUGCAAUGCAAUCAGGAAACAAAAACCUUAAAACGACAGCGGUCACUGAACCAGUUUGUUUAAUAGGUCUACGCUCGUUUUUGGGCACGCAGCAUUUACUUUCUUCAAUUACUCGACUAAUCCUUUUAGCUAAAGCAGAACAAUCUUGGACAUUAUACUCACUUGCUCUUCCUACGCCAGAAAAUCUGUACUACGAUAUGCUAAGUGCUGCCAAAAAUCAUAAAGAAUCCAGCCUUAAUACAUAUAAACAGUUGCUAGUGGAAGGUCAUGCGUUAUUAAAGCUUGCUAAGAACAUAAGUUUUCAUGACUAUGGAAAAAACAGGAAUAAUGAACACCAAUCCUUAGUCACCGUCAAGGACGUUGCGUCAAACAGGCUAUGA